GCGAAUUAAGCUCUUAGAAGAGUGCAAUUCAAGUACGACGAAAAUAUAAAAACCUUGGUCGAAAAUGUGGUCAUUAAUGUUCGUGACAAUCUUGGCAUCUAGUAGCGUUAUGUCGGAGACAAUUAACCUACCAAAUAACGUAUGGCGAUACGGUUUUGAUGUUGAUUAUGAUAAUAAUCAGUUUUUAUUGGAUGGGAAACCCUUUCGGUACAUUUCUGGUAGUUUUCAUUAUUUUCGAACGCCUAGACAAUAUUGGAGAGAUCGUUUAAGAAAAAUGCGAGCUGCGGGACUUAAUGCUAUCUCCACUUACGUUGAAUGGAGUCUUCAUGAACCAGAACUAGGUCAAUUUAACUGGAACGGCGAUGCAGAUCUAGUAAAUUUCUUAAAUAUUGCGCAAGAAGAAGACUUGUUUGUAUUAUUGCGACCGGGUCCUUAUAUCUGCGCAGAAAGAGACAUGGGUGGUUUACCGUAUUGGUUGCUUCGCGAAGCACCAAAUAUAAAGUUGCGUACAAAAGAUGCAGAUUUUGUAAGAUAUGCCACAUUGUAUCUAAAUCAAGUAUUGAAUAAAAUACAGCCAUUUUUAAGAGGUAAUGGGGGACCGAUAAUAAUGGUUCAGAUAGAAAACGAAUAUGGAAGUUACUAUGCUUGUGAUACCGAGUACAUGGACAUGUUAAAAGAAGUUUUUAUUAAAAAAAUUGGCAAUAAAGCUCUUUUAUAUACAACCGACGGUGCAACCACGGCUUUUCUCCGAUGCGGAUUCAUAUCUGGAGUGUACACCACCGUCGACUUUGGAACGAGCAGCAACGUGACCAACAGUUUUCUGUCUUUGCGUCUUUAUCAACCAAGAGGACCGUUGGUGAAUUCUGAAUUCUAUCCAGGUUGGUUAACGCAUUGGGGAGAAGCCUUUCAGAGGGUAAAAACUGAAGCUAUUGUAAAAUCGUUGAAAGAAAUGCUUGCUCUAGGUGCUUCCGUUAACUUUUACAUGUUUUAUGGGGGUACAAACUUUGGUUUCACUUCUGGAGCUAAUGGUGGGGAAGAUGCAUACAUUCCACAAUUGACUUCGUACGAUUAUGAUGCUCCUUUGACCGAAGCCGGAGAUCCGACAACUAAAUACUUUGCUAUAAGAGAUGUUAUUGGUCGCUAUUUGCCAUUGCCAAACAUGUCCCUCCCGAUUGUAUCUCUAAAAGGUAAUUACGGUCCAGUAUUAUUGGAACCGGUAAUGAAAUUGCUCGAUAGUCGAUCUCCAUUCGUGGUGGUCCAGGCAAGUGAAGACCAGCCUAAAACUUUCGAGGCUCUUUCUGUGAAUCAAGGAUUUGUUCUUUACGAGACGAAUUUGCCACCUUCUAUCUCAGAUCUGGCUGAUUCGGCUAUACUGCGAGCGACAACAAAGGACAGAGCGCUGGUUUAUGUAGAUAAUCGACUACGCGGCACUCUAAGUCGCACAGAUAAGAUAUUUACUAUACCACUAGAAAGUCCUUACGGCCGCCGUUUAAGUCUAUUGGUGGAGAAUCAAGGACGUUUGAAUUUUGGAGAUGAAAUUAACGAUUUCAAGGGGAUCUCGGAUGUAACUAUUAGUGGUACACCGUUAACCAAUUGGAAUAUGACAGGGUACGCAUUUUCCAACGUAUCCUUUCCCCGGAACAUAACAACCAUACGCAUUGACAGCGGGACUUUGAACGAUGGACCAACAUUUCUACGUGGACAAUUCACGAUCAUCGGACAACCGUUGGAUACAUUUCUAGAUACUACCGGUUGGGGAAAAGGAGUUGCUUUUGUAAACGGUCAUAAUCUUGGGAGAUACUGGCCGUCAGUAGGUCCGCAAAUAACCUUGUACGUACCAGCUCCUUAUCUUUACGCAGGCGAGAAUGAGUUAAUCAUAUUGGAAUUGGAAUAUGUGUCGCAAUCGAGAAAGAUGAAAUUUCAACCCGUACCGAAUUUGGGUACAUUAUAAAUUUAACUCAUAACUUAGGACUUUGGUAGAAAUAUUGCACUAUGUA